CAAUCAAUCCGUUUAAAUACCUAACGCUUCCGCGCCGCAUAAAACGGUGUCGCCUCAAACUACAGUUUUAUUCACAGUUCACCCGUGCAGACCUGCCCUCCCUGUAAUUGGAAAUCAAAAUCGGUUUCUUCUGUGUUCGGUAACUUGGGAAGAUCGAAGAUGGCGAGUGAAAGCGAGCCCGCAAAGCUCCUCUUACCGUACCUUCAACGUGCCGAUGAGUUGCAAAAGCACGAUCCGCUUGUCGCAUAUUACUGUCGGUUAUAUGCCAUGGAACGUGGAAUGAAGAUUCCUCAGAGCGAGCGCACCAAGACCACAAAUGCUCUACUUAUUUCGCUCAUGAACCAGCUUGAAAAGGAUAAAAAGUCAAUCAAGCUGGGGCCUGAAGAUAAUUUACAUCUGGAAGGAUUUGCCUUAAAUGUCUUUGCAAAGGCAGACAAGCAAGAUCGUGCUGGACGUUCAGAUUUGAAUACAGCAAAAACAUUUUAUGCUGCAAGCAUUUUUUUUGAGAUUCUAAACCAGUUUGGACCACUCCAGCCUGAUCUUGAGCAGAAACAGAAAUAUGCAGUCUGGAAAGCAGCGGAUAUAAGGAAGGCUCUGAAAGAGGGAAGAAAGCCCAUGGCUGGUCCUCCUGCUGAUGAUGAGGAUCUAUCAAUACCAUCAAGCAUUCCUAGUGGUGAAAAUGACCUUGGGACUACUGCAAAUGCAUUGACCACUCCUGGGCUACGUUCUGAUGCAUCGCAUGAUUAUGAUGAUCCUGUCAACUAUGCUGGAAUGCCGAGCGUUCCUCCAGCACCUAAAUUCCAUGAUAAUAUUAACGAUCAGCAUUCUUCAAACAUUCCACCUUCUAUGCAGUUCCAAGACAGAGAAAAUAGUCAACAUUCAUUUAACAUUUCUCCACCAUCCUACCAUUCAAGUUACCCUUCCCAAGAUUAUCCUCCUCCUCCUCCUCCUCAUUCUCAAGAUUACCAUCCUCCUCCACCUUCCCAAGAUUACCACCCUCCGCCUCCGGCUAGAUCAGAGAGUCCUUAUUCUCCGCUCUACACUAAUCAGCAGUACUCACAAGACCACCCACAGCAUUUAUCUCCUAAUUAUCCUUCUCAUGAAACUCCCGUAUCUUACUCUUAUCCCCAUUUUCAGUCAUAUCCCAGUUUUACGGAAAGUAGUCUACCAUCGGUCCCUUCAAACCUUAGUUACUACCAAGGUUCUGGCGGGUCAUAUUCUUCUGAGUCAGCUCCUCGAACUACAAACUAUUCUUCAGGUGCCUUACACGAUUCCAGCAGCCGGAGUGGAACUGUACUGGAACCAACUUCAACUUCUCAGACAUACCAGUAUGAUAGUAACUACCAGCCACCUCCCGAGAAAGUUGCAGAGGCACACAAGGCUGCCAGAUUUGCUGUUGGGGCACUAGCAUUCGAUGACGUCUCGGUUGCGGUAGACUACCUGAGAAAAUCACUGGAGUUGUUGACAAAACCAUCAGCUGGUCAGUAGGAUUUUUAUCACAAACUGGUGGGGAUUUCCGUCGUUUCAACUUUUGCAUGUCCCCCUUUGUGAAUAUUGAUUUUUGCAUGAAUAUCAGGAAAUACAGCAAACCAGACUUGAAUAGAAACUACGAAGUUUAGUCUCAUCCGUUUGCAACAUUUCAAUCUGUGUGGAUAUAUUAACUGAUGUUUAUACUCGAAUGUUGAUGAUUAUUUUAGUUAUGCCAGUUUCGUAGAAUCAUAGAAUUUUCCCCA